AGCAGCUCUUUUCCUGACCCUAGACCUGUAUAAGUCCUGGAUGGAGGGAAGGUCAGCCCUGAGCAAUAAUGAAAUAUAAACUGUGAGAGAUCAUUUGCAGGCUGGAAUCCAUCCACUUCUGCAGAUUCAUUGACCUCAUUCAUGGUUUAAGGUUUAAACCCUUCUGAUUGCCCUGACAUAUUUUUGGGGGAUUUUGUUUUUUAUACAUAAAAGAAACCACACCUACCCCUCUUAGAGGUUGCCUCUCCGGGCGCACCCACCUCCACGAUUGGGCUGCCGGGUAAUGUAUUUUCAAAAAUUUCAAAAAUCUUUCCUCAAGACCUCCCUUGCCACACUGCAGUGAACUACGAAAAUCAUAGUGCUACAUAUCAUGAUGUUUACUUAUUUUUUAUGAUGAAUAUACGCAAAAUGAUCUAAAUAAAAUACCUGGAAAUAAAACGAAACAAAUUUUGUCCGCAGAGGACUAAACGCAGCCAAUACAAUUAUGGUGCAUUUGAUGUACCUCGGGAAGUUGGAACAUCAGACAAACUAAUCUUUUUACCAGACGAGCGCUUUGCUGGUAUGCACAAUUUCAUCAGCGUCAGAAUCACAUUUACUGGCCAGCUGUCAAUCCACAAAAAACUUUGGCUCUGGCUGGUGUGUGUCUCAAAUGGCAAAAAAGAAUGAUGAAAAAUAUACAACAGAAUGUUAUUUACAAAAAAUUACCAGACUUUGUUCAAACAGUGCACAAAAUACAAACAGCAAUCAAAACACAACUGUGUAAAUGAUUCACACAAUGUGUAUUAUUUAGCUCGGUAGAAUAAUGCAUUGGGCAAGAUGUAUGAAGUAAAGACCAAUAACAGGCCAAUGUCAAUUAAUGCGUUUCUAAUAAAAAUACUCUAAAACUUUAAUAUUUAAUGUAUUUUUGUUGUUUAAUAAUAAAAGAAACGCAUGUAAUGUAUUUAACGGCAAAGAAAAUCCGAGUUUGCUGAUUUUUAUUUGAACUGCAUUAAAGUCUAACAAUCUAAUUUUCCAUUAACAUUGAAUGCAACAUUACCUAACUAGCUUACGUCAGAAAAUGCAUCUCGUGGGCUUUUCGCGGGAUUUGAAGACCUGUCUGAUUUCAGGAAGGCUGUGAAGGAUGCCUCCAAAGAAAAAGGCCAGAGUGAGUAAAACAUCUGCAAAAUCAGGUAAAAUCGAUGAUAUCGAAAGAACUUUUGCAGCCCGCAGAAAGCAGAAAGCUGCAGCCCCUGUUGAAAAAACUGGAGAAGGUUCUCAGUCUGCAGGCUCUGCGAUUUUCACCUGUUGGCUGAUGAAGUCUGAGCCUGAGAGCCGCUUUGAAAAUGGCAUUGAUGUGAAGUUUGGCAUCGAGGACCUGAAGGCUCUGCCUGAUCAGACUGGCUGCUGGGACGGCGUCCGCAACUAUCAGGCUCGUAACUUCAUGAGGCAGAUGAAAGAGGGGCAGCAGGCCUUCUUUUAUCACAGCAACUGUAAGGAGCCAGGGAUCGCAGGAAUCAUGAGCAUUGUGAAGGAAGCUUAUGUGGACCACACUCAGUUUGACAAGAAGGAUGUCCACUACGAUGCCAGCAGCAAGCCAGACAACCCCAAGUGGAGCAUGGUAGAUGUUCAGUUUCAAAGAAUGAUGAAGCGUUUUCUUCCUCUUUCGGAGUUGAAGAAAUACCAUCUUCAGCAUGGUGCCAGCGGAGGACCUUUGAAGGACAUGGCUCUGUUUACCAGGGCCAGGCUCUCUGUCCAACCCCUCACCGCAGAGGAGUUUGACUUCAUCUUGAGUCUGGAGGACAAAGAGCCGCUGUGAAGACUGGGUUCAUGACGCAGUGAAGUCAUGACUGUAUCAACCCAGUGGUUAUGUGAAUUUUUAUGAUAUAGAAUAAUAAAUUUGUUUAUUAUGA